AUGUAUCUCGGUAAUAUCCUCGGCAUAAUCCCACGCGCAAAUGCCGAGGAUCUUUUUUUCUUUCUUCCAUCAACAAUGUCUGGUUUUUGGAAAUGGGGCUUUCGUGCCUCUGUUGAUUGUAUUACCAGUGAACCUUCAGCUCCGCCAGUGAUCGCUGAUUCGGUUAACUUCUAUGAUUUUGUUCAUACCAAACUCAAGACGAUUGACACCAAGUCCAAGUUAUGGUUGAACCCAUUGCUUUUCAAUGGAUCCUUGCAAACUUUAUAUUAUGCGAUGCAUAACUCAGACCAAUUUAGCGUGUAUUAUGGACGUGAAUUGUUUCAAUAUAAUGAUGGCGGUCAGUGUUCCUUGGAUUGGGUGAUUCCAGAGCCACUGUCUAAAGAAGAGUUUACCAAACUUUACAAGGAAACACUUCCGGAGAAUUCCCCACGUCUCCACCCAAGGACAAGAUUUUUCACUUCUAAAGAGUUGGAGAGCAAAACAGCGCACGGGCAGACUCCUGAGUCAACAGACCCUAUUUGUGUCGUUUUGCAUGGUUUGGCAGGAGGAAGUCACGAGCCUUUGAUCCGCAACUUGGGCCAAUGCUUGCAACAGAGCCCUUCUAACUGGGAUAUUGUCGUAGUAAACUCUCGUGGCUGUUGCAGAACGAAGAUUACCACAGGCAAGCUUUUCAAUGCAUUAUCGACUUCCGAUUUGGAAGAUGUUUUAAUUGAGUUGAAGAAACGGUACCCAUCGCGCCCAAUCUAUGCUGUGGGUUUCUCUUUUGGUGCAGUUUUAUUGGCGAACUACUUGGGUGAAGCUGAGGAGAAGGCAAAGUCUAUGUUGAAAGCAAGUGUGCUUAUUGGCUGUCCUUGGGAUAUGAGUGCCGCAGCACACCAUAUUGACAGUUCUCUUACUGGCCGGUACUUAUUCAAUCCAAGCCUUACUCAGUUCUUGAACAAACUUGUUCGGGCCAACUUGAAGGAAUUGCGCAGCCACGUUCCAGAGCUAUUUUCCGAAGAAAUAGUGGAGAAAGCCAAGAAGGCCAAGAAAACGUAUCAGUGGGACGACCUAAUCACCUGUAAGACCGCGAACUUUGACAAUGCCUGGGACUAUUAUGAUGCUGGAUCACCAAUCAGGCGUAUUGACAAAAUCAAAGUGCCCACUCUUAUCAUCAAUUCGACGGAUGACCCUGCAGUGGAUCCUGCAUUACCAAGAGAAGAGGUUAAGGCGAACCCAAACUUGGCAUUGGUUGAAACCAACUUGGGUGGCCAUUUGGGCUUUGUCAAAUACUCAGGAGAGUUCUGGUGCGUGGAAGUAGCUGAAGACUUCUGUGACCAGUUCCACGUGCUUACAACUCACGCUUAG